CAUCACGCUGUCUCUGAUUGGCUGAGGCGAGUCCAUUUAAACAGUUGAAUCCUCACAAGAGCGUUUAGAUGAGUGUUUACUGUUCAGAGAGAGUGUUGAUGGAUUAAUCUCGUUUGAGUGUUAUAGAUCAGUCUGUGUGGCGCGUUUGAGGGUCAUUUCUGAAGAUGGCUCCCUGGUUUGUGAUGCUGUGGCUGUUAAGUAUGCAGUAUGGUGAGGUGGAUGCUUUCUUUGACUGGCUGAAGAAGCCAGAACCUGCUCCAGCUCCUGCUCCUCCACCAGAGCCGGUUGCAUCUAUUCUGCUCCAGGGAGAGACCCCUGCCUUUGAAAUGAGUGUUGUUGAUGAGAAGUUUUUAGCUGAAGCAAAGCAGAUGGAGCUCAGUCCUCUGGACAGCUGCCAUUUCCGGGUUGUUGCUCAGCUCAAAGCUACUUGCAGCGGCCUGUCAGAAGAGCAGUUGGCCAAAUUGGGUGUGGCUUUAUUCAACUGCCAGUCAGAGGUGGAGGGUCGCAGGACUUACCCUUGCACUGAAGAAAUGUCUAUAAAAGAGUGCACAGCGGACAUGGAUUCAGACACGUGGAAUGCAUAUCACAUUGUCAGUAACCGAGCGCGUGCCGUGUGUUAUGCCACGCGCCAGCAGCACUUUCGUAAGCGAGCGGAGCUGACCGUCAACGCCCUGAUUUCCACCGCAACUAGUCAACUGGAUGCUAUGAAAGAUCUAAAGGAGGGUCAGAACGAGCUGAGGGAGAUGACCGCUGCCUCACUGGACAAGCUGCUGGAGGGUCACAGUGCCCUACAGCUCCAGCAGGGGGCGCUAAAGGAAGGGCAGGAGCAGCUAGAUGCAUCUAUCAGUGAUAAUCUGCAGAGGUUGGCGCAGGAGAAGGCUCUCAUCAGCACCGGGCAGCAGCUGGUGGCUCAAUUAAUCCAGGGCAUCACACAGAGAAUGGAGAAUGUAAGUGGCCAGCUGAAGGAUCAGACUGCAGAAGUGCAGGAAGGACAUCAGGCGAUUCUUGAUGACCUGGCUGUGGUCCGAGGAAGUGCUCAGGACAUCUACCAUAAAAUGGAGCUCAAUCUGAACGGCUUCCUCCAGCAGCAGAACGCUACGGCUCACUUCUACUCUGAGCUCACCAGUAAGCUGGAGCGUAUGAACGGAACUCUGGGAUACAUGCUGACGUAUUUGGACAAUAUGCAGAAUCGACUGGAGGACAGACUGCAUAUGAUCCAAGGCUAUCUUGGCUGGGCAGGCCUGAGCCUGCGUGCUCUGUGGACGUGUGUGAUGCACGCUGGGUACUUCCUGUUGUGUGCGGUGCUGCUGUCGUUCCUGCAGUGUGCGACGUUCUCCCGCAUCUCUCUGCUCCUCACCGUACCGAUCAACGCCAUUGCAGAGAUCAACCAGCAGUCUGCGCUGGACUUGGUCUCGCUCACUCUGCUGUUGUUCACACUAUCAUUAGGUCGCUGGUUUGUGCUUCAGGUGCUUUGGGCGUUGUCUAAAAUGAAGGGCCAGACCUGCAGCCCUCCUCCUCCUCUCCUUAUGGGCCCCACUGAAGAGAAGACCCCAGAGAAAGAGAGCCAGUCGACGGAGCGCUGCCCGGAGUCCUCGUCCACUCCUGUCCCAAAUGACCCAGACUGUGAUUUGGAGGUGGAGAGCUUCAUGAUGGACCAUACUUGCAUGUUUCUUCAGAAAGUGUUAACCGUCGAUCUUCAUGCUGUAGGUGAUCCAUGCAUCCUGGCCAUGUCUCCAGCUCAGUCUCAUGGACCUCCAAAGUUCAGUCAUCUAACAGGAACACCCAACCAUUCAACCCCCAGACUCAAGAAUCGCCACAGCAUCGCAGGGCAGGCAGUGCUGGAGAAUGUUCCUCAGAGGAACCUAGGAGGAGUGUUGGAGACCAUGAAUCACUCACGAAGCUCAAGCCCCAACCAUUCAUUUGCCAGCAACAGUUCUUUUUCAGGUCGCUCACUCUGCUGCGGUGUCACUCGGUUGGGUCAGCCGUGUAAAAAGAGGGCUGUGGUGGGUCAGGACUACUGUAGGGUACAUGAAGGUGGCCACAGCUCCUACAGUCGACUCUGAAAUGGAUUCCAAAACUUUAUAACUGACUUCUUUCUUCAGAAGGAUUUGGAGAAUCUACACUGCACUUUUCUCUUUACUUUCUUAACUAUUUUAUCAUUCUAGUUUUUGUUUUUGGUCAUGGUGGAUUUUAUUACAUGUAUGUUGUAGUGGAACUUUUAGAUGUAUUCUGCAUUAUUUAUAAUAAAUUAUGAAAAAUAAAAUUACAAUGCACACUUUUUACUAAAA